GAAGGCAGCAACCUAUUUAUCGUAAUAUCUGUAUUUUAUUUAGUAUCUAAUGCUUAUGUCACUAAUGCAUCUUUUUCAUAUGAAGCUGUAUAAUGUUUUCCACUCUAGGCUAGGCUAACCCCAUUAGUUCUAACUGUUAUUAAAGCUAGCUGUCAGCUUUUCCUUCCAGUAGGCUAAUGCUAUCAGCUAAUUCUCAACAAGGAGAAUGAAGCUGGAGGAAAGUAAAAACAGGCUGAGCUUGAAUGUAAAGUUAAUAUGGACGGCAGAAGGAGACUAUUUAGCUCCAAUGACAGCGCUUUACAAAACCCCCCCUGCUCCCAUGGCUCACAUGAUGGCUCAGCUAAACUGUGGCACAGCACUCCGGUUAAAAAGGCAGAUGGUGGUUCUCCCCUUGAUGCUAAGCAACCAUCUGGUCUAACCAGAGGGAAGUUGGGCGGUUUCUCCUCCCAGUGGGUCCAAAGUGAUGCUGCAGAUCCCUGCUCUGCUCAUCAUGUACAGGAUGCUGAGCUUCCUGUAAAAGACCUGAGCGUCUCCACCCUCCAGAGGCAGAGAAAGGAGCUUCAGCUCCUAAUGGCUGAGCUAAAGGACAGGGAGCGGGAGCUGAACGCCAUGUCUGCUUCCCAUCAUAAGCAGCACCAGGCCUGGGAACAAGACCGUCACACCAUGGUGAUGUUGGAGCGCAGGUGUGCUGGUUUGGAGGAAGAGUUGCAGAGCCGCAAUGAGGUGAUUCGAGUCCUGACUAAACAUGUGGGCGUUGUGGAAAGCAGAGAGAAAGUGAUGGAGAAGGAGCUGGGUGAAGCGAAGCAGCUGAUCUGUGAACUGGAAAAGAAACAGCAGCACAUCAAUGAAAAGUGUCAGGACUAUGAGCAGCCGCUUCAGAUGCCUCAGAUUGCCAGAUAG